AUGCCAGAUGACAGCAAAACUUUAGAGAGAGCAGUAACCCAGGAAACUGAUAUAUGGUCAAAUUUAAAAGAUUUUGAAAGCUUAGAAGGGUUAUUUUCUCACCGGGAUUCAAAAAUUUUAACUUUUGACUCUGGUCAAACAGAGAAAAUUUCCCAACCUAUUCAGAUUCAAAAUGACCUUAUUGAUGAGAUAUCCCAUCACCGAUUUUAUGGAUUUCAUGGAUUUCAUGGGAACCCCCAUUUAGAUUUAAUUCAUGCUCCAUUAUUUACAGAAAAACCUAAAACUAACCAUCAACUCUUUAGAGAGCAUAUUCAUUCUAAAGGUCCAAAGUUUACUAGCACUCCUAUCAAAGCUUCCGCAAAACGAUUACUGAGUACAUUUGUGACUCGAGAAAUGGAUCACAGAAAUAAUGGGCAAUCUGAACAAUUUGAAUUGUAUUCUAAUAGUACACCAAACUUUAAAUCAAACUUAGAUCUAAAUACAAGUCCAUUUGCAGCCGAAAGCUCAAGUAAAAAGUUUAACGGAAAUGUGCUUAAUUCCCACACUAGUAAUAAUACACGAAGAAAAUCUAGCCGCCGUUUGCUUGGGGUGGAUCACAACAGGAGAAGUAUGCAUCAAGAACGUGACGAAAAAAAAAAUAAUAAGAUGGAUAAUAUAUUGAGGCGUCCAUCUUUUCCACCCCAGCAGAGAAACGAAGGUGUGGUAUGGGAUUACAAAAGUGAAAAGCAACUGAGCAAAAAGAGUAAGUGGAAAGGCAAGGGUAUUUCUCAAGUUCCCUUUUCCGUCCACCAGAAACAGUAUCAGCAACAAAAGUUAAAAAAAGAACGGCUGAAAUCUGAAAGACCCCAAGAAGGUUUCACGUUGGAUAGACUUUUGGAAUAUGGAGCAAGCCUCCAUAAGGAUUCUAAAAGGUUGGGAACAAUUGACACUGAUAUUUCAUGGAAAAAUGCCUGCGAUCGGUGGGGCCCUGCUUGGAAAAAGUUUGCCAAUUCACUUUAA